UGAAACCGAUACAGUUUGUGUGUUUCGAAGUGAGAAUGAAGGUCUUCAUUGUACUAGCGCUGUGUGUGGCAUCCGCAUUGGCGGGCCUCGAGGAAGAUCUUUGGUUGGAGAAAAACAGUGUGCGCCCUUCCGGCUUAGAAAGCUUCAAGGAGCCACGAUAUACAGGAAGAAUCGUUGGUGGUAAUGAAGUUGCUAUCUCCAGUUUCCCGUAUCAGUUGUCACUUCGUUCCAACGGUAAUCACAUCUGUGGAGCUUCGAUUAUCUCAAGCAACUGGGCUUUGUCGGCCGCACAUUGCACUCAUCCGACACCUGCUGUUAGCACGAUUACUUUCCGCGGUGGAAGCGCCAAUAGAAACAGUGGUGGAACCAUCUUCCAGGCGGCUCAGAUUGUGAACCAUGGAUCGUACAAUCCAAACACUAUCGAUAACGAUGUCUGUGUUAUCCGAAUCACAACGUCCUUCACCGGAACGAACAUUUCUCCAAUCACUAUCGUUCCAAGUGGAACCGGUAUCGCUGCUGGUACUCGUAGUAUCGUAUCUGGAUGGGGUCUGACAACCCCGGGUGGAUCCUUACCGGUCAACUUGAGAGCCGUCGAUAUUCCUGUUGUUGCUCAAAGCACCUGCCAGAGUCAGUGGGGAUCUGGAAGAAUCACCGCAAACAUGGUUUGCGCUGGAGAACCCGGUCGUGACUCCUGCAACGGAGAUAGCGGUGGUCCGCUCGUUACCGGUGGGCGCCAAUUCGGUAUUGUAUCCUGGGGUGCUACACAAUGUGGCGGUAAUCUGGCUGGAGUAUAUGCCAACAUUGGUGCUAGUAGCAUUCGUAACUUCAUCAGUUCGAAUACCGGUGUUUAUGCAUCCUAUAUAAGUCAUGAUUCAUGGUGGCACUGGCCAUUAAGAUUGUUUUUGCGGUCUAGGGAAAGUCGUGCCAUGAAAGUUUCGAUAUUCGUUUUUGUGGUUUUCGCGGUGACCGCGGUGUGCGCUGAUUGGGCGGAUGAUGCAUGGCAGGCGCACCAGUUGAUCCCGAUGGCAGCCAGGAUAUUCGCUUUGAAGCAUUCGAAACGCAUGAUUGGACUGGAGAAAAUCAUCGGCGGACACAAGGUUGAUGUGAAGAAUUUUCCGUACCAAUUGUCGCUGAGAAGUAAUGGAAACCAUGUUUGCGGAGGAUCAGUGAUUUCACGCAGCUGGGCUCUGACGGCGGCUCAUUGCCUAUACCCGGGACGAGAUGUCACGACCAUUUCACUGCGAGCUGGGAGCAGCGGUCGGUUGGCAGGUGGACAGAUCUAUAAUGUGACACGAAUAGUUAUCCACCCGCAAUACGAUCCAACGCUGUUCAAUAACGAUGUGGCAGUGUUAAAGGUGUCAACGCCAUUCAGUGGACAGCAUGUGGCACCGGUUCUGCUGGCUCAAGAAGGAUACAACCCCGCCGAAGGUAUUCGAGGCGUGGUGUCAGGAUGGGGAAGAACGCUUACAGAUGACAGCCUACCGACAGUACUGUAUGCCGUUGAAAUUCCAAUUGUUGGAAAAUCCGUUUGCUCCCGUUCUUGGGGAGAAUCGCUCUUGACCGACAACAUGAUUUGCGCUGGCCAGUUGGGUCGUGAUUCGUGCAACGGCGAUAGCGGCGGACCGUUGGUAUCCGGCGGCCGUCAGAUCGGUGUGGUAUCCUGGGGAUCGACGGAUUGCGGAGGACCACUGCCCGCAGUUUAUACCCAUCUGGGACGUGCUGACGUCAGGAGGUUCAUUCGUCUCGUCACCGGUGUUUAACUGGAAAUUGGAAGCGUGCGAAUUCAAUCUUAUCGAUAAUUAUUUACCACAUUACACUGCUUCGCUUAUCGAUCAAAUGUUAUGAUUAUCGGCACCAGAGAAGAAAAAAAUAACAGCGGCGCAUACUGCCGGUAUUAAAUGCUUUGAAUGACGGUAGUUGAUUAGAUAAUAACAUUUUAGUGCCAAUGAGUUAACGGAGAACAAGAUAGGUAGCUGUAAAUUUUAAUUGACCAGACGCAAUCGUAUUAUUAAAUUGGAAUUCUACUUGUGACAAUGUGACUGAGAGUUUUUACCUACAAAAGAAGUAAAGAAA